AUGGAUCAAAUGCUACCGAGUCCGUACAAUAUACCUGGUAUUGAUACUCCGUUGCAUCAACCAGAGGAGGAUCAACAAAUUUUGCCGAAUGCUAUGCAACAGCAGCAUCAGCACCAACAGCAGCAACAACAACAUGCCCUUGCCGCCAUGGGUUCCUCUCCGCUGGUCGGGUUUGGCGCCUCACUAAUGGGGACUCCUCAAAGAUCAGUUCAUACCUACGCACCGGCUGCCAGCUAUGCUACACCCCAACAGAUGAUGCAGCCACAAACACCACAAAACUUAAUGUCGCCUAUGAUAACAAGUGGCAGCUUGGCUGGUCAACAAAUGUUAAGCCAGGCAAGUCCAGCACCAAUGACUCCCAUGACACCUCACUCAGCUGACCCUGGCAUUGUACCACAGUUACAAAAUAUUGUCUCCACCGUGAACCUCAAUUGUAAAUUAGACCUGAAAAAAAUUGCCCUACAUGCCAGAAAUGCAGAAUAUAACCCAAAGAGAUUUGCUGCAGUAAUUAUGAGAAUAAGAGAACCUCGAACUACAGCACUGAUAUUUUCAUCAGGAAAGAUGGUUUGCACAGGGGCCAAAAGUGAAGAAGAUUCACGUUUGGCUGCUAGAAAAUAUGCUAGAAUUAUUCAGAAACUAGGCUUUACGGCUAAGUUUUUAGACUUUAAGAUCCAGAAUAUGGUUGGAAGUUGUGAUGUUAAGUUUCCAAUUCGCCUCGAAGGCUUAGUACUGACUCAUGGACAGUUCAGUUCAUAUGAACCUGAAUUAUUUCCUGGACUUAUUUAUAGAAUGGUUAAACCUAGAAUAGUAUUAUUGAUUUUUGUUUCUGGUAAGGUUGUGUUAACUGGAGCUAAAGUAAGAGAAGAAAUAUAUGAAGCAUUUGAUAACAUUUAUCCAAUAUUAAAAAGCUUUAAAAAGCAAUAA